UUGAUUUAGGAACACGGGUUUCCUGUUACUGAAUGGUCUUGAAUGCAACUCUGAAGAGUCAGCUCAAGUGAGAGUGGAUGCUUUGGGCGGUGUUUAAUUGUGGGUUGACGAGAUCUAGCGCCCCCAUUCAUGCCAUAUCCCUGCGGUGUUUAGUCACCUGUCAAAAUGGACCUGUUGAUAUUUGUCUGUCUUUAGCUUUUCUGGUUAUUUUAGUGCUAAAUCCCUCUGUUUCCAGUCUGUCUCGGUGAGGACGUCUGAUCGUUUCAAUGCCUUGACCAAGAUGAGCGUGAAGGCCUUCGAGCUCAUCCCCGCGGUGGAGCGGGACCUCCUCAUGGGCGACAAGGCUCGCAUCAACAUAGAAUGUAUAGAAUGUUGUGGGAAACACUUGUACGUGGGCACCAACGAUUGCUUCAUCCAUCACUUCCUUCUGGACGAGCUCACUUCCGCCAAAGGGAAACUGACUUACUCGGCUCAGAAGCAGCUGCACAAAUACUUGGGCCUUAAGAAACCGGUGGCCGAGCUGCGGGCUGCCUCCGCUUUGGAGCGUCUCAUCGUCCUUUGCGACGGAAUACUUUUUCUCGUGGACAUGGCGACGCUGGAAAACGUGCCGUCAGCCUCGGGAGGCGAUGUCAGGAUCCGAGGCGUGACGUCGUUCUGCGUGAACGAGAACCCGGUGAAUGGCGAUCCCUUCUGCGUGGAGAUGGGUGUCCUUUCUUCCAAGCGUAGGACGGUGCAAAUCUACACGGUAUACGAGGACAGGGUGCAGCUGCUCAAGGAGGUGAGCACACCGGAGCAACCCUGCGCCGUCAGUCUGGAUGGUUACUUCCUGUGCCUGGCGUUGGCCACGCAGUACAUGAUCCUGAACUACAAAACGGAAGCUGCCCAAGAUCUCUUCCCUUACAACAGCGACGAGCGAAGACCUAUCGUCAAAAGGAUCGCCCGGGAGGAGUUCCUCUUGGCCGCACCAGGUGGUCUCGGAAUGUUUGCCAACGCCGAAGGGGCUUCUCAACGAGCCCCCGUCAACUGGUCCGAGAGCGUGAUCGGUGCGGCCGUGUGCUUCCCGUACGUGGUGGCCUUGGAUGAGAGCUUCAUCACCGUCCACAGCAUGUUGGAUCAACAGCUGAAACAGACACUGUCAUUCAGGGAUGGACACAUUCUGCAAGACUUUGAAGGGAAGGUGAUUGUGGCGUCCACUAAAGCUGUGUAUGUUAUGGUGCCCUUGCCGCUGGAGAGGCAGAUCCAGGACUUACUGGCCAGCCAUAGAGUGGAGGAGGCACUUGUUCUUACGGAGGGAGCCCAACGAAAUAUUCCCAAAGAAAGGUUUUUGAUUUUGUACAAAAGGAUCCAACAGCAGGCAGGCUUCAUUCAGUUUGGCCAACUUGAGUUUGUCGACGCAAAAGAACAUUUCAGGAAAGGUCAGCUGGAUGUGCGCGAGCUGAUUUCGCUCUACCCACUGCUACUGCCAGCUUCGUCCUCCUUCACUCGCUGCCAUCCUCCUCUCCACGAGUUUGCGGAUCUCAACCACCUGGCACAGGGUGAUCAGGACAAAGUGUUGAAAUGCAAGAGGUUCCUCAUCACCUAUUUGACAGAGGUUCGAAACACGGAGGACGUUAACGGGUGCAGGGAAGAUGUGGACAGCGCAUUGCUAAAGUUGUACGCCGAACAGAAUCACGAGAGCCUUCUCGACCUGCUUGCGUCAGACAACGCCUGCCUGCUCGCAGACUGCGUACCCUGGCUGGAGAAAUAUCACAAAUAUUUUGCACUCGGGCUGCUUUACCACUCUAACGAUCAGGAUCCGGCAGCACUUCAGAUGUGGAUCCGGGUCGCAGACCUGGAACUGCAAGACUCGACGAGACCCGAUCUCUUUGAGUACAUUGUCGAUUUUCUCAGCUCCGCUGCCAACCUGGACCUUGUGUGGAAGUAUGCAAACUGGGCUCUACACAAGAAUCCCACUACAGCUGUCCAAAUCUUCACCAAGAGGUGUGCUGGUCAGUCAGACUUGAAUCCUGAUGACGUCAUUACAUUCCUGGAAAAGCACAGGGAGGCUCUUCUUCUCUACUUGGAACACCUGGUGCUUGAACGACGGAUUGAGGAGGAGCAAUUCCACACGCAUCUGGCAGUCUCAUACCUGGAAAGGGUCUUUUCUUUACUGUCAGAGUCUCCAACCAAUGAAGAGCAGCUCAGUCGAUCCAGAGAGAAACUCCAGGCUCUUCUCAGGGAGUCCAAUCUUUACAAAGUUCAGUGUCUUUUAGGUAAAAUCGAAAACUCCGAGCAACUGCUGCUGGAAUGUGCAAUUCUACAUGGAAAGUUGGAGGAGCACGAUAAAGCACUCCACAUUUUAGUGCACAAGUUGAGAGACUUCCAAUCUGCCGAGGCCUUUUGCAUUUGGGCCUCGGCUGGUCAGGAUUCCGCCUACAGACAGCAACUCUUCCAGCGCCUCUUGGGGAUAUAUCUCGACAAAAGCACCACAAGUCAAUCCCAGUCAGCAGUGCGCAAUGACAGCAGCGAGCUAGAAAUGGCAGCGGUUGACCUCCUGAAUCGUCACGGAGAGUCUUUCGAUCCCGUCCACGUGCUGAGGCUGCUGCCGGAGAGCUGGUCUCUGCAGCUGCUACGGCCCUUCCUGGGUCGAGCCAUUCGGGCGAGUAUGCACGCCUCCCGCACGUCCCAGAUUGCUCUCGGGCUCGCCCGCUCCGAACACCUUCAAGUACUGCACGACAAGUUGAAAGAGACAAAGAAGCCAAUUGCCGUGUCAACAAAGAAGGGCUGCCACUUAUGCCACAACACCUUCAGCGAGCCCGAUGUGGUGUGCCUGCCGGGCGGCGUGCCAGUCCACACACACUGCGCCGGCCAAAGAGUGAAAAACACGCCAACAAAGAGACAGUUACCUAAUAGCAACAACCACACGUGAGCCUUGGCCCGUCACGCUCGGUGUCAGCGUCAUCUUUGAUCGGAAGCGACAAAAGAAAGCGGGACGGACGUGCUGGCUUUUGACAAGGCUGAUGACUUUGGGGACGAGAGCAAAGCAUCCUUUGCCGCGGGCAGCUCGGACGGCGGACAGACGGCGAUGUGUGUGUUGCAAAAGAGGGAAGUUUGGGGGAAUAAUGAGGUCAAAGUUAAAUGACCUGUCCCCUUCAUAAUUUGACAAUAAACAGCACCGACUCUACGCACAACUAGA